AUGGCUCUAAUCCUACUGCGUCUUGUCUUUCUAACUAUUUUCCUACGUUUCAUAGCUGCACAGCAGAAAACGGGUUCUGUAUCUGUUGGUGCAUCACUCACCGCCACAGCCGAUGUCAAACCAUGGCUUUCAUCUUCCGGUGAAUUUGCCUUUGGGUUCCAACAAGUUCAAGGGACCGAUAAUUUCUUGUUAUCUAUAAGGUAUCCAGAAGAAGGUCAAACGGUGCCUACAGGAUCCAAAGUUGAGCUACUUGGUGAAAGUGGACUCGUACUCACUCAUCCUCAGGGUACACAGGUAUGGAGAUUUGGGUCCAUUUCCGCUAUUGCAUCAGGUUUUAUGAAUGAUACAGGUAAGUUCAUAAUUUUUGGUAGCAAUUCUCGCAAGAUAUGGGAUAGUUUUGAUUAUCCGGCAGACACACUGUUGCCUACUAAGGUUAUAGAGAGAGGUGAAGGGAUGAAUUCAACAAUCAGUCCAACAAACUUCUCUGGUGGACGAUUCCAGUUACGUCUGCUUCAAGAUGGAAAUCUUCUUCUUAAUACUCGAAAUAUACUUUCAGGGACGCCAAAUGCUGGAAGAAGAGACUUCCACUCUCUAACGGGAUUAUGGGUGCUACAGAUAACCUUGGCUUUUGAGACUGAUGAUGAAGGGGUGGCAGUUUUAACUGAUCUUGCAUGGGAUUGCUAUCAAGAAGGUCGACUGGAUGCAUUUGUUGAGAAUGAUUUGGAGGCCUUAAAUGACCACAAAAAACUUGCAACAUUUGUGAUGGUUGGUCUUUGGUGUGUACAAGAGAACUCGUCAUUGAGGCCUACCAAGAGGAAGUUACUGAACUCUAGUUACUCUGCUAUAUAUGUCCAGGUUGAAGUAAUCAAAAAAAUGUUGAUGUUGGAGUCAUAUCAAGUAAAGUUGAAGGAUAGCGGUGAAGAUUAAAUAAAAUUCAAGGGCACAAAUGAAUAGGGUGAAUGGUUUUUCUAUUUUAUUGAUUUCACAUAGUAUUUAAAUGCGAUAAUAAAUGUAUAUUAAUUUUUUUAAUGAACUUUCUUUUUAAUUUCAAAAUUACUAUAUUACAGUUUCAUUAAUUUUUUUUAUUUAUUUAUCUAAAUUAUUUGUUUAA